CAAAGAUAUACCCAAUAUCUUUGAUUUUAUCAAUCAUUUUUUAGGGAGAUUAGUGUAUUGUCCUGUUUACGAUGCAAGUAACCACUGUCAAUUUUUCAAGGCCAAAUAAACCUAACCUUAUCAAUUUUCAAGAUAUCACAAUGAUAAUUAGAUUCUAUAUAAAUGAAUUCACACUUUUAUAAUGUUAUGCAUGUAGUCAGAAAACUGAAUAAGCUCUCGAUAAAAAAUAUCAUCCCUCUGAAAUAUCCAGAUCCUAAAAGAAUGUCCACGAAAUCAAAACUUCUCAAAGAAGACUGUCUCCUCGCGAAAUGUAAACAAUUACCACCGCCACUGUCUCAAGAUAAGCACAAAGGGGAAGCUGGCAGAAUAGGAGUAUUUGGAGGAAGUCUGGAAUACACUGGAGCACCCUAUUAUGCUGCCAUAACUUCACUAAAAGUGGGGGCAGAUCUAGUAUACGUCUUUUGCAUGAAAGAUGCUGCUACUGUUAUAAAAACAUACAGUCCAGAGUUGAUUGUUCUUCCGUUUUUGGAUCAUAAGGAAGCAGCAGCGAAGAUAGAACCAUGGUUGGAUAGACUCCAUGUUGUCCUCAUCGGUCCAGGUUUAGGAAGAGAUGAACCGACCUUCAACGUGAUCAAACAGGUGAUAAAUUCGUGCAAGAAGUUAAAAAAACCGAUGGUGAUAGAUGCAGAUGGACUGUUUCUGCUUUCGAAGGAUAUCAAUUUAAUCAAGGACUAUCCAAAUAAACUGAUUUUGACCCCGAAUAUUGUAGAAUUUUCUAGGCUUGUAGGCAGUGCAGAUAAACAGAAAUACAGGAGCAAUUCAGCAAAACUUUUCGAUUUAUGUUCAAAUUUAACAGUUCUUGUUAAAGGACAGGAAGAUCUAAUAUUUGAUAAGAUGGUCGAGGCCAGAGUUACUGGUUCAGGUUCUGGUAGAAGAUCUGGUGGUCAAGGGGAUUUAUUAGCAGGAGCUAUAUCCACAUUUUUGGCUUGGUCUAUGCAGAAAGAGGUGUCGGCUGAAUGUGAAGAUACAUACGAUGAUAGAGCCUUAGUUGCCACGUUCGCUGCAUGCAAACUAGUGAGGGAAUGUAACAGACUGGCCUUUUCCAAACUUGGGAGGAGCAUGACGGCUCUGGAUAUGACACAUGAAAUCCACACGGUUUUCGAUUAUUAUUUUGAGAAUAAGAAAAAUGCUAUUGGCAGUGUUUUUGAUUGAGCACUAAUUAUUUUGGAUUAAUCAUGAAUUGUUUAUCAAUCAAUAAAUAUGUAUAUUUCAAUUUUA